AUGGCGGAGAUUUGCAGCGAGGUGGUAGCGCCGGCGGUGGCGGAGGGGAAGCAGGGAGCCGAGUGCGACGCCGGGGGCCGAGCGGCGCGGCGGCGGAGGAUGGAGAUCCGGCGGCUCAGGUUGGCGGCCGAGCGCGGGGCGGAUGAGGAGGCGUCCAGGAAGAGGCGGAAGCUGGAGUGCCGGAGAGAGGAGGAGGAGGACGUGGAGACUGGGCCCGCGAGGUACGGCGUGACGUCGGUGUGCGGGCGCCGGAGGGACAUGGAAGACGCGGUUUCCAUCCGGCCCGAGUUCCUCCCCGGCCACCACUUCUUCGGGGUUUUCGACGGCCAUGGCUGCUCUCAUGUGGCGACGUCGUGCGGGGAGAUGAUGCACGAGAUCGUGGCCGACGAGGCCCUCUCGACGGGGUUGUUGGACGGCGACGGCGAGGAGAGGUGGAAGGGGGUCAUGGAGAGGAGCUUCGCCCGGAUGGACGCCAAGGCCGUGGGCUCAAGGGGCAGCAGCGACCCUGCGCCCACCUGCCGCUGCGAGCUGCAGCUGCCCAAGUGCGACCACGUGGGCUCCACGGCCGUCGUCGCCGUCGUCGGCCCUCGCCAUCUCGUCGUCUCGAACUGCGGCGACUCCCGUGCCGUCCUCUGCCGCGGAGGCGCCGCCAUCCCACUAUCUUCCGACCACAAGCCUGACCGGCCUGACGAGCUGGAGCGGAUCCAAGCGGCGGGAGGGCGCGUCAUCUUCUGGGACGGCGCACGCGUCUUCGGCGUGCUCGCCAUGUCACGCGCCAUCGGGGACAGCUACCUGAAGCCGUUCGUGAUAUCCGACCCGGAAGUCAGAGUGGUGGAGAGGAAGGACGGCGAGGACGAGUUCCUCAUCCUGGCCAGCGACGGCCUGUGGGACGUGGUGAGCAACGAGGUGGCCUGCAACGUCGUGCGGUCCUGCGUGCGCGGCAACGCGAAGCGCCGUGACGACCGAGGGCGGUCGAGCCCGACGUCCAACCUGAGCCCCAGGCAGAGCAGCGGGAGCGGCAGCGGCAGCAGCAGCGGCGACGAAGCCCCCAAUGACGACUGCGGUGGCGCCGGAUCCGAGAGCGACGAGGAGAGCUGCGAGGUGGACAAGGCCUGCGGCGAGGCGGCCAUCCUGCUGACCAAGCUGGCCCUGGCGCGGCAGACCUCGGACAACGUCAGCGUCGUCGUCGUCAACCUCAGGCGCCGCCCGAGGCCGUGA